CCUCCAUCUGUAGCCGUUCACACAUCCCAUACAGUUUGUGCUGUUGACGUGGACCUGCCCUCACCUCAGCACCCAGGAAGUGAUUGACACACACACUCUCCGCAGGAAACCGAAACACAUUUACACGCUUCAGAAAGGUCCAGUUCAGAGCAUCCUGUGAUGUUGAAAUGAAGCUUGAUGAAAAAAUCGUCUCCUAUUUUGAAUCAUCCAACUCCCCAGUAGACAAAGAAGGGUACCUGUACAAAAAGGGUGAGAUAAAGACUUCAUAUCAGAAACGUUGGUGCGUGCUGAAGGGGAACCUCCUCUUCUACAAGGAAAGACCGUCCGACCGGGACCUGACAGGAGUGAUUGUUCUGGAGGGCUGCACCGUCCAGCUGUGUGAGUCCGAGGAGCAGUUUGCCUUCUCGCUGGUGUGGAGUGAGCCGGGGCUGCGAACGUACAAGUUUGCUGCAGAGGAUCAGGCCAGUCAGGAGAGCUGGAUCAAAGCCCUGCUGUCGGCCAACCACAGCUACCUGGCUCUUCUAGUGAUGGACCUGGAGAAGAAGUACAAAGAAGCCUUAUUUGAGUUCUCGAGUGAACCAGUCAACACUUUCGUCAUGCCAAAAUUCAACACAGCAGAAGCGGGAUAUCCUGCAGCAGGUCUAAGCACACAAACUUCAGCACCGUCUUUGUAUCCAGCACCAGCUGUGGGAGCAGGACCCAGUCUGAGCUCCAGUCAGAUGCUCCAAGCUUCAACCAUUUCAUCCAAAACAGCAAGUAAAAGAUCACCCAAACUCUGGCCCAAGAGGAAUGCAAAUGUGGUGCCUGUCAACACUCCUGCUCUGCCACUGGAGGAGUGGUCAGGGGCCUGUUUAGGUACCAUGGAGGAAUUUAGUAAAUUACAUGAAGAUUAUGGAAAAGAGGUGAAGGAACUGAUUGCUGAUUGGUUGAAGAGGGGACGAGGUGAUAAAGCUGUUCAGGAAGAAAACUUGAUAGAUUUUGGAUGAACAUAACUAAACCUAAACUUUAAUUCCAGUAUCUCUGGUUGCACUGCAAAACUAUAAUGUAAAUAGAAAUUACAGAAACUAUACUGAAGAUAUAUUUCAUAUAUUUCAUAUAUUUGUAUAUAUUUUGUUAGUUGUAUUUUAAUUAUUAUUUCAUAUAUUCAAUAAAUGGUCUAUGAUCUCCUG